GUGGGAGGAGCCCCGACUCCAGUGGGUGAAAGCAGGCCAAGCACACGAGAAUGGCGAGGCGGAGGAGCAUGCAAAGGGCGGCAGGCCAAAGAAGGACGGCAAGAAUGGACGUCCCGAGACUCCUCAGCACAGACUGCGCUUGCACUUCGAUGAUGCCGACACUGCCUUCAUCCUCGGCAGGGGCGGCAAGACCAAGCACAAGAUCGCAAGAGUCUCCGGUGCACGGCUAGAGCUUCACGAAAGGAAUAAUACGGUCGAGGUGACUGGUUCGGAAGAGGCUUGUGCCAGGGCCAGGAAGUACAUCUCUCUCGUGCAAGCUCAACGUGUCGGACCCGUGCACGUAGACAACGGCCAUGAUGAUGGAGAUCUCACUAUGAUGGACGUUCCAAACAACUGCGUGGCCUUCGUGACAGGCUCUGGAGGAAACUUCCUGCGCGCGUGCGAGGAGGAGUGGGGAACCCUCAUGUUCUUCUGCGACUACCAGACCCCAUCCUUAGGCCCCGGGCUGGAGCGAGAAGGACCCUCUGAACGCCUGGCCAUCUUUGGUCCCCCUUGGGGCCGUGCCGGGGCUGAGCUUAAGAUCAUGGCUGCCAUCGAGGCAAAGCUACCAGGCUCGGAGCCUUGGUGUGUUGGGAGAAGUGAUACAGGGGCAGGGGGCUGGGCCAUCGACACCAUGCCGCUGACAGGUGACGAGUUGUCCUUCGCCUUGGGGAAGGAGGGGGCAACGCGACGAAAACUGGCUAACGCGAGUGGCUGCAUCCUGGAGUACAUUGGCAACAUUGCCUACAUGGCCGGCGUUCGGGCCGAACGACAGCGAGCGCGGGACUACAUCACCUGGCUGAAGCAACAGCGCAUUGGGCCCGUCUACAUUGACAUUAGCAGUCGAAGCGAUGCCACGGAGGUGAAGGUGCCGCGGGAACUGACUGGUAUUCUCAAAGGCACAACCCUCAGAGACAUCGAGCACGAAACAGACACCUUCUGCUUCCUGGAGGGAGAUGUGGACUCGUCUGACCGACUUCUCAUUUUUGGCGCAUCUCGGGGCCGACGUCAAGCUGAAAGGAAGGUGCAGGAGCUCAUCAGAGCCCGGCCUCCACGACAACCCCAGGAGGAGCUCUUUAACGGGCACGGGAGCUAUGGCAACAACGAGGGCCAGCAGCUUACGAAGGCGGAGAUCCGCACUGGUCAGGCGAUCUGUGCCUCCCUGGACAAGGAGAAGCUCCAGGCCAUCCAGCAAUCCUGCGGCGCUCGGCUGACUCAGCAGGGCACGGACAAUGUGUUGAUCCAGGGAUAUGCCCAGCAGGUAAAUCUGGCAAAGAAGCAGCUUCAAGAGUACAUCUUCAGCCUCAGAGUGGACGAGGAGUUUACGACCCCGAGCGGCGUCCCUUUCCACAUCUUUAUUGCUAAAGCAGCAGAUGGCACGCCUUCGAUCUUGGAAGAGGUCAGAAACCGAACUCGAGUUCGCGUACAGGUGAAGCAGGCAGAGAAGAAGAUUAUCCUUUCUGGAAUCUUCUCGGUUGUCUCGAAUGCACGCAAAGAUCUGCAGACCUUUCUGAGCUCCUUCGUGACCCACGAGGUGCAUCUCAAGAAGGAGCAGCUGGAGAAAGUUUCUGCUUUGGGAAAGGAGCGCUUCCACAAGCUGAACAACUUCCGGCAUCUGGUCAUGGCUCAGAUAAACAAGGAGCAGCUGAAGCUGACCCUCUCUGGAGCUCCGGAUGCUGUGAACGAGGCUCGGGCAGAAGUCGAUGGCCUCUUCGAGAAGCAGGGUUGGCCCAUCCCUUCUGCUGAUUUGUUUGCAGCGAAGCACAGCAUGUCUCGCAGCAGCGGCGCGAGCAAGCCCGAUGCAGAAGGCGUCGAGAAGGUCCGCCGUGAGGGUGGGAAGACAGCAGAGAUCCUUCAGCUGACCGACAUGGAUUCGGCUUUCAUCUUGGGCCGCGGCGGCAAAACGAAGCACAAGAUCGCCCGGGUGUCUGGAGCAACACUGGAGCUGCACGAGCACAACUGCACGGUGGAGAUCAUCGGCGCAGAUCCUGAGCGACGCAGAGCGAGGAAGUACAUCAACCUUGUUCGUGCUCAGCGAGUCGGGCCGGUGCACGUCACUCCCGACCAACACGAUGACGGGGAUCUGACCAUGAUCCCGGUGCCAACGAGCUGUGUCGGCUUCGUAACUGGCUCGCAGGGAAACUUCCUCAGGACUUGCGAGGAGGAGUGGGGCACCCUUAUGUUCUUCUGUGACUACCAAGGUCCUGGUGGAAGUCCUGGAGACUCUGAAAACUUGGCCAUCUUCGGAGCCAGAGCCGGGAGGACGGGGGCAGAGCUCAAGGUCAUGGCGGCGAUUGAGGCGAAGCUGCCGUAUUUCUACACCAAGAACAUCACCGACCAUUGCUGCCCAGACGAGUGGGGACGCGACACGAUUCCACUGGGAGACGAGGAGCUCUCCUUCGCCCUGGGGAAGGACGGUGCGACCCGCAAGAAGCUUGCCAAGGCCAGCGGAUGCAUCCUGGAGUAUGUCGGACAUGCUGCCUUUAUGGCUGGAUCUCUUCCAGCUCGAAGGCGCGCAAGAGAAUACCUCGGAUGGCUGCUGAAGCAGCGGACGGGCACCGUGUAUGUGGACACCCAUAAUCGAAACGAUGUGACGAUUGUGGACAUUCCGCAUGACCUUGAGGCUGUUGCCAGCGUUUUCAAGAGCAUGACUCUGCGCGGAAUUGAGCAGGAAACAAAGACCUUCUGCUUCUUGGAGGGCAAUUCCAGCAAGUCCGAGAGGCUCCUCAUCUUCGGACACGACAAGGCAGGAAGAGAAAAGGCAAAAGCUGUUGCGCUGGCAAAGAUUGACGAAAGAUACAGGAAUGACGAUGAUGGAGGCUGGGGUGGCGAGUACGGCUGGUCCAACCAAGGCGACAGGCACUACGGCGGCUGGCAGGAGCCGCUGGAAGUGAGUGACAGCUUCCUUCUUCGAGGCGACAUCAGUGUCCAUGUUAUGAUCCAGACAGGCCCAAAUGGCGAAGACCCUGUGAUCGAGGACGUCGAAAAUGCAACUGGGACCAAGCUCACGCUGAUGAAGGAGAAGGCCAUGAUCCAAAUCCAAGGGACCUCGGAGAAGGUCGGCCAGGCGAAGCGCCAGCUGCAGCAGUUCGCAGACAGGUUCGUCACCUGCAAAGUGAAGAUGCAGCCGCAGAUCACAGCAGCACUUGCGAACAAAGUGAGUCACUAUAUUCGGCCCAUGCCCUGGAUCUCUUCUGCCGAAGUCGAGGAGCCGAAGGAUCUGCUCAAGAUUCAGGGACACCAGGACAGCGUGGAUCAAACCUUCAAGGUCAUUCACGAGCUUUACCGAGACCAUGGGCUCGAGCUUGACGAUGCAGACGUCACCAUCAAGCGGCGCGACGAGCAACCGUCACAUCACUCGGGUGGGCAAGGCCGCGCCUUCCACGCAGCCGGCCGCGACUGCGACGUCCUCCGUGUCAGCGAGGAUGACGCCGCGUUCAUCCUCGGCCGUGGUGGAAAGACCAAGCACAAAAUUGCAAGGGUUUCGGCCGCGCAGCUGGAGCUGCACGAGCGCAACAGCACGGUUGAGAUCUACGGCGACAACGAAGCCCGCGCGCGAGCACGAAAGUACAUCGACUUGGUUCGUGCUCAGAGAGUUGGGCCCGUGCACGUCGAUGAGUCCCACGAUGAUGGGGACCUCACACUCAUUGCCGUUCCGAGCAGCUGUGUGGGCUUCGUCACUGGCAGCCAGGGCAACUUCCUUCGAACCUGCGAGGAGGAAUGGGGUACCCUGAUGUUCUUCUGCGACUACCAAGGAGGUGGAAGCUUGGACAUGUGGGGCGGGAGUUCAGAAAAGCUUGCCAUUUUCGGGACGCUUUGGGCACGCUGUGGCGCAGAGCUGAAGGUCAUGGCUGCCAUUGAGACGAAGCUCCCGGGUUUCUACACCACGAACCUUGGGGAGACCCAGUCUUGGGACGAGUGGGGCACGGACACCUACCCCAUGCACAGCGACCAGCUAUCCUACGUGCUGGGCCGCAAGGGCUCCACGCGCCAAAAGCUGGCGAAAGCCAGCGGUUGCAUCAUGGAGUAUGUCGGCAACGUUGCGUUCAUGGCUGGCUACUUGCCAAACCGGCGCCGCGGAAGAGAAUACUUAGGUUGGCUUUGCGACCAAGUUGGAAACAAGACAGGCCGAAUCUCCAUCGACCCGUCAGUGCGCGAAGACGUGACCCUGGUUCCAGUGCCUAAAGAUUGCAUUGGAUAUGUCAUGGGCGAUAAGCGGAAGACCUUGAGCCGCCUGGAAGAGGACUGGGAGACGUUGAUCUUCUUCGUGGACAGCAGGGGCCUUCCUCCGACGUACCAACAGGAUGAUGUGGAGGGCCUGGCCAUCUUUGGCUCCGAACGUGGGCGCGCGGGCACAGAGCUGAAGGCCUUGGGAAGGGGCACCUCAGUCGUAGCAGAGGGAAGGGGUGGACCUGGAGUGGGCUAUGAGCAGCUCGAUAGCAGCUGA